GCGAUCCGCUCGCGUCGGCUCCCCGGGGCAGGAGCCGCAGCGGCGGCGGCGGCGGGGCUCGCGCCUCCUCCCCCCAGCGCCGCGGAGGGGGGAGGAGGAAGAUGGAGACCCACAUCUCGUGCUUGUUUCCCGAGCUGCUGGCCAUGAUCUUCGGCUACCUGGACGUCCGGGACAAGGGGCGCGCGGCGCAGGUGUGCACGGCCUGGCGGGACGCCGCCUACCACAAGUCGGUGUGGCGGGGGGUGGAGGCCAAGCUGCACCUGCGCCGGGCCAACCCGUCGCUGUUCCCCAGCCUGCAGGCCCGGGGCAUCCGCCGCGUGCAGAUCCUGAGCCUCCGCCGCAGCCUCAGCUACGUGAUCCAGGGCAUGGCCAACAUCGAGAGCCUCAACCUGAGCGGCUGCUACAACCUCACCGACAACGGGCUGGGCCACGCGUUCGUGCAGGAAAUCGGCUCUCUGCGCGCCCUCAACCUGAGUCUCUGCAAGCAGAUCACCGACAGCAGCCUGGGCCGCAUAGCCCAGUACCUCAAGGGCCUGGAGGUGCUGGAGCUGGGGGGCUGCAGCAACAUCACCAACACCGGCCUCCUGCUCAUCGCCUGGGGCCUGCAGCGCCUCAAGACCCUGAACCUGCGCAGCUGCCGCCACCUCUCGGACGUGGGCAUCGGGCACUUGGCCGGCAUGACGCGCAGCGCGGCCGAGGGCUGCCUGGGCCUGGAGCAGCUCACGCUGCAGGACUGCCAGAAGCUCACGGAUCUCUCCCUAAAGCACAUCUCUCGCGGACUGACGGGCCUGAGGCUCCUCAACCUCAGCUUCUGCGGGGGCAUCUCUGACGCCGGCCUCCUGCACCUGUCGCACAUGGGCAGCCUGCGCAGCCUCAACCUGCGCUCCUGCGACAACAUCAGUGACACGGGCAUCAUGCAUCUGGCCAUGGGCAGCCUGCGCCUCUCGGGGCUGGAUGUGUCGUUCUGUGACAAGGUGGGGGACCAGAGCCUGGCUUACAUAGCCCAGGGGCUGGACGGCCUCAAGUCCCUCUCCCUCUGCUCCUGCCACAUCAGUGACGAUGGCAUCAACCGCAUGGUGCGGCAGAUGCACGGGCUGCGCACGCUCAACAUUGGACAGUGUGUGCGCAUCACGGACAAGGGCUUGGAGCUGAUAGCUGAGCACCUGAGCCAGCUCACUGGCAUAGACCUGUACGGCUGCACCCGAAUCACCAAGCGCGGCCUGGAGCGCAUCACGCAGCUGCCCUGCCUCAAGGUACUCAACCUGGGACUCUGGCAGAUGACGGACAGUGAGAAGGUCAGGUGAGGGCGGCAGCACCGGCUCCCCUGGCCUCCCCCCAACCCCAGGCACGUGCACACACAGGUCUUUGCAGUGGAUGAGGAGGGGCCCUCCCCACCUGCAGCCCGUUCCCUUCGCCUCCAGGACUCCUCUGCCGCCUGGGCCUGGGCCCUCCUCCCGGCUUCCUCAUCCCUGCGGGGGAGCGGUGGACUCGGCUGCUUACCCUCCGCAGGGCCGCAGGACUGACUACUGUAUCCCGCCGCGCCUGGGGCUGGGUAGGGAGAAGGGCCAGUCCUUUGGACCCUGGGGAGUUGGGGAGAAUGUUUGCCUUCACUGAAGCUUUCGUUGGAAUACUGUGAUCCGGUUUUUAUUUUGAAAUGUAUAAAGAGCAAACCCAACUACAACAGCCUUUUCACCCUUCGCCCACUCGGUACCCGAACCCCAGUCUCUUCUCAUCGCUUCUCCUUCACAGCGCUCUGCUGCUCACGCUCCCUGCAUGUUCACGUUCCUUUCUUUAAAAAUUUUUGGAAGAAAUUUGAAAUCAUGGUCCUUUCUUUCUGAAUACAUUCUAUAUUAUAUAUAUAUAAAUUAUACACACACACACACACACGUCUGGCUACCUCGUUUUAGUUUACUUUUUUUCUCUGAAGCCCUGGAAUUCUACAAGAGAGAGAGAUUCUGAGUCUGAAACAUUCGUGUGCCUAGACUGGAAAGAUGCCCGCUGGGUUUGUACACCUUUUUUUGUUUUGGCUUUUUCCCAACCUCCAUCCAUCCAGGGUGCCCCACUUCCACAUUCUGGCCAUCAUCUUCCCUUUCCUCCUUGUCCACUGGGAUAUGAGGACCCAACCGUGUUUUUAAAUCUUGACUUAAUUUAUAGCACAAAUGUGUGGGAGAAAUGAGUCAAACUGCUUUUUUUGUUUGUUUGAGAUGCAGAUUGUGUCUUGCAAAUGAUUAUUAUAUAUGCAAAUUCUGCCCUCUCACUCUUCCAUGUUUUCCACAAAGAGGUCAUGGGGAGACUUUCCUGUUGGGAGCCUGCGCCCCUCAUGUGAAGGGGAGGAGACUGGGGACUCCCGUCUUGUGUGUGCUCUGUUCAUAACAUGGGAGUUUAUGGGUUUAAAAAAUUCUGUUUCUAAAUGGAGGACUAGAUGACAUUAUUUUGGUGGGGGUUGGGACUUGUGGCUUUAAAGAAAUGGCUUUUGAGUAGGAUGUAUAUUUUUGUUGGUUUUGUUUGUCUAUUUUUUUAGAACCCUCCACAGCAACAUGCAAGACCAUGGAGUUAAAGAAACCCAGAGACCUUUAUCAAUUAAUUGUACUGUUUGUGAAUUUGUAUAAAUAAUAACAAAGAUCCUCUUAAAACGUUUAUAUUCUUACAGUAAAAGGUUAAACUGAUAUUUAUAUAAUAAAAGAGGAAAUAUGAAGUAUGUUUUUGAAAAAAAAACACACCAAAAAAAACCCACAAAAAAAAAAACCUUGUAUCUGUGAAUUAUUUUUAAGGCAUUGUGUGUUGGGUCAUGCCAAAGUAGGAGGUGCUGUUUGUAUGCUCUACGGUGAAGCAGAGUUUGGUGCAUCCUAUGUGGUAUGAGUAAGCUCAUGGUUAAACAUUGAUUCUGUAUAAGGUUACUACUGACGUUGGAAUGUUUUGUUUCUAGAAAUGUGAUUAGACGAGAUUUAUAAAGUUUUCGGUUUUAAACUGUCAACAACUUGGAAAUUUAAGGAAACUGAACCAAAUGAAACUUAAAAAAAAAAAAAAAAAAA